UGAAGCCCUUCGUUCGCCUCUAAUACUCAAAGUGUAACCACUGCUCCAGUUUGGAUGCAUUCACCUGCACAGCUCAUCCCUCAUCCUGGACCUCAUUUGAAGAUGCAGAGUGCAGCAGAACAGGCCUCCCUUUGUCACCGUCAGCUCGGGGCCUCUCUGCCGCUUUCUGAACGCUUUCAUCCACCAAUUGGGGUUUGAAGCUGAAAUUCACUGAUGGAAAUGAACCUCAUCACAGCACUGAUUCCUGUCUUUAGUUUCUUCUUCUUCUCCUUCUGCUGUACGUCUCAUCUCAGGUGCAAGAACCUGCAGCGCUUGCUUUGGUUCGUUCCCUCCAAUUUGGACAUAGAACUGGUAAAACCUUCAGUUAGAGGUGAAAGCUUUGCUUCAUGUCCUUCUGAAGAAUCGCCUUCGCAACUUGAUUUUUGUCAUUUUAAAUUUGGCCCAAAGUGUCGUUAUUCGUUAUUAGCUCAGUGCUGGACCGGUGCAGUGUGAAGGACUGUGCUUAGUGAAGCUGAAGAAGAACGACCAACACGAGGCCGGUGGUUCUGGUUCAAGGAACCCCCACGCGGGUCGGGAGCACAGAACGGGACGGAGAGGAAGGGAGGAGGACGAUGGAGGAGGAAGGUCAGACUGUAAUCUGCCCGUCUCAGGGAAGCGGGAGGGAGAGCAAGCGGGCAGCGUAGUGGAGUCGAGCGCCAGGAGGAGGGGGAGUCAGUAAUUACAGGGAGAGGAGAACGGGAGACAUCAGGGAGGCAAAGAGAGCAACGAGGGAAAGGAGGCGAGAAGACGAGGCUCCAGACCCUCCACCUGUCGGCUCCCACCUGAUGCACGUGUGGAGAACUCUGUAGCUGCCGUCCGCAGGCUCGGCCCCGUCGCUGUGUGUGUGUCUACAUCCAUGUGAGGACCAGGAUGAUGGGAGCCCAGUGCCUCGCUCUCCUGCUCCUGCUCCUGCUCCUCCUCGCUCCCAUUCGAGCCCAGUGGUGGAGCUUCAUCUGGACAAACCCUAAGAGCGUUCCCACUGUUCAUCCCUCCAUCAGCGCUCCGACGCCCGUCUCCCCUGGACGCUCGGACUCCGCGGGGACGGGAGGGUGGGCGGAGGAGGACGCGGGGGUGAGGGAGGGCGCUGUGGAGCGCAGCACGCCGGCAGCGGCGCCCGCGCUGCUGCUCCUGCCCCGCGCUCGGGCCUCAGGCCACGGACACAGCAGCGAGCGGCCUGGGAGGGUGUCUGCAGAGGAGAACACAGGUGGAGGCAGAGCCAGGUCCCAGUACAAACCACUGAAGCACUGGAAAGGUGGCUCAGGACACCACCUGAACCUGACGGAGCUGAUCGGCGUCCCUCUCCCCCCCUCCGUCUCCUUCACGUCUGGCUACGACCACUCGGCAGCCUUCCACUUUGGGCCGGACGCCAACAUCGGCCGCCACACCAGGACCUUCGUGCCAGGGCCGUUCUACAGGGACUUUGCUGUCAUCGUCACGGUCCAGCCAGACAGCCAGAGAGGAGGGGUGCUUUUCGCCAUCACAGACGCCCGUCAGAAGGUGGUGGAGCUGGGUUUGGCCCUCACUCCGGUCAGCAAUGGCCUCCAGAGCAUCCUGCUGUACUACACAGACAGAGAGGAGGCGGCCCACAGCCACAAGGCUGCAGCCUUCACGGUCCCAGACAUGACGGGCCAGUGGACACGGUUCACAGUGGCGGUUGAACACAACGAGGUGCGACUCCACAUGGACUGCGGCGAGCCAGAGAGAACUACUUUCCAUCGGAGCGAAGGAAAACUGACUUUUUCCCACAACUCGGGCAUCUUUGUAGCUAACGCAGGAAGCACUGGGCUGGAAAAGUUUGUGGGCUCCAUCGGGCAGCUGGUGAUCAAAGAUGAUCCCAGAGCAGGCGAGGAGCAGUGUGAAGACGACGAACCCUAUACUUCAGGAUACGCCAGUGGAGAUGACGGACUGGAGGACAGAGACGCAGAGCAAGAAAAUGUGAAGGAAACACCAGGCAGAACCGUGCACAGCGCAAAGGAAGACGACAGCAGACCAGUGAAAGCUCCACCCACUGAGGCUCCAAAGCUGGAGGCUGACAUGCACUUUGGUCGCGUGACACCAACAAUGACCUACGAAGAAAUGGUUAGGAGAGGACCCCACCAGACAGAGGAGCCAGGAGAGAGAUCAGAAGAGGCUCGUUUCAGACCUGGGGUGAAGGGAGAGCCUGGAGAGCCUGGACCACCUGGUUUGCCUGGUCCCCCUGGACCUACCCGUCCCCCCGGGCACGUUCAGCCUGGAACACGGGGCCCACAAGGGCCACCAGGGAUCCCUGGAUUUCCUGGACAGCCAGGAAGAGAUGGACACCCGGGAAACAAGGGUGAUAAAGGAGAGACGGGUCAGAGAGGAACACAGGGCUUUCCAGGUUUAGAUGGAACAGCAGGAACCAAAGGGGAGAAGGGAGACCCAGGAUUGAGUUUGCCAGGCCCUCCUGGCCCCCCUGGGCCCCCCGGGCCCCCCAGAUCGCGUGGUGUACCUUAUGGAGCAGAUGCCCUGGGGUCCGGCUUUGAGGAUCUGGACAGUGAAUCUGUCCCCAUCAGGGGUCCUCCGGGGCCACCAGGGCCUCCAGGGCCUCCGGGUCCAGCUGGAACCAACCUCUCGUCAUCUUCCAAGGCUGAGGGCCUGUUUUCUGGUUAUGCUGGGCCGCCUGGUGUACCUGGCAAAGAUGGGCUCCCAGGCAAACCUGGAAUACCAAUGUUUGACGAUUGGUUUAGUGGUUCUGGGCAUGACGAGUCAGGUUUGAGCUCAGAGUCGGCCUCUGCCCUCCAUUCAGAUCUUGGCUCUGGUUUAAGUUAUGAAUCCAGUUUUGGUUCCAGGUCUGAGCUUGACUUUGGUUCUGCUUGGGGCUCAGGCCAGGGCCCCGCUGGGAAAGAUGGGGCUGCAGGUCUGCCUGGAGCUGCAGGAGUGAAGGGUGAACAGGGCUUAGCUGGGCCGCCUGGACCAAAGGGUGAAUGUGGGACUGAGGGCGGGGCAGGGUCUCCAGGGCCACAAGGACCCAGUGGUCCACAGGGGGAGAGAGGCCCCCCAGGACCCCCUGGACCUCCAGGAACCAAAUUCUUUGUAGAGGAUAUGGAGGGAUCUGGGAAGAGUGACAUGCUCAUUGGAGCUGGACCCAGAGGCCCACAGGGUCCCCCAGGCCUUCCUGGCCCCCAGGGACCUAAGGGUGAAGAUGGAGCCCCAGGCGCUCCAGGGAUCUCUGUCAAUGGUGAACCAGGGGACCCAGGACAGAUGGGUCGUCCAGGUCCAGCUGGACUGCCAGGUCCUAGAGGGGCAAAGGGAGAGAAAGGCAGCCCAGGACCCAAGGGUAAUAAUGGAGUUGAUGGACUCAGUAUCCCAGGACCGCCUGGGCCUCCUGGACCUCCUGGGCCUGUGACUAAUUUGCAGGAUCUUCUCCUCAACAUCACAGAUCACGUCUUCAACUUGACUGAGAUCAGAGGACCACCAGGUCCAACGGGCCAAGAGGGGUUGCCUGGUAGAGCCGGAUUUCCUGGCCCCAGAGGACCUAAGGGAGACAAAGGCCUUCCAGGAGUACAUGGGCCGUCAGGGCUCAAGGGAGAAAAGGGAGACCCAGGAGUGAUCAUUGCUGCUGAUGGAUCCAUCUUAUCAGCACCAAGAGGCCCCCAAGGGCCCAAAGGCAAUAGGGGUGAUCGUGGGUUCCCGGGGCCACCUGGACAUAUGGGACCAAUGGGACCGUCUGGACCAAAAGGAGAAUACGGUCUACCCGGUCGCCCAGGCCGGCCUGGCAUGCCUGGAAAGAAAGGCGACAGAGGAGACUCAGUUGGUCAAGCAGGACCACCAGGUCCUCCGGGCCCACCUGGACCUCCAGGAAGAAUCCUUGGUCUGAAUGGAACAGUGUUUCCUGUGCGCCCCAGACCGCACUGCAAAAAGGGACCAGAUUCAGAGGCAAGGGGAAAUUCCGUCGGAGCUAAAGGAGACAAAGGAGACAAGGGAAUACCCGGAGAGCCAGGUACACCAGUGUCUGGGUUUAUAGAGGGUUUUGUGGGUGCUAAGGGUGAUCAGGGUUACAAAGGUCAGAAGGGCGACGCGUGUAUGCCUGGCUUGCCUGGACCACCAGGCAGGGCAGGACUUGUGGGUCCAAAAGGUGAAUCCAUUGUCGGACCUCCGGGUCCUGCAGGUUUGCCUGGUCCUCCAGGACCUUCUGGGGUGGGACGACCUGGUCCCCGAGGACCCCCUGGCCCUGCUGGACCCCCAGGAUCUGCUCAUGAUUCUGGCCCACCGGGUCCCCCGGGACUUCCAGGAUAUGCCAACCAAGUGCCCAUCUAUGUAACGACCCAGGCUCUGCCUGCAGCCACUCAGGCGCUCACGGAGGGAACCCUGGCUUACGUGUCUGAGAGAGGAGGAGACCUGUACGUCAGAACCCUCGACGGGUGGCGAAAGAUCCUGCUCGGAGAGUUGAUUGUUCAAGAUCCCUCCUCCUCAGCUGUGUCCCAGGACACUGGAGAAUGGAGCAGACCACACAGGACUCACAGCCAGGAGCUUCAGGAGGGCAGGAGAGGAUAUCAGCCCAGCUAUAACCUGCUACCACAGACCUUCAAUGCUGUGCCUGGGCUCCACCUAGUGGCUCUGAACUCCCCGCUGAAAGGCGACAUGCGCGGCAUCCGCGGCGCAGACUUCCAGUGCUACCAGCAGGCGCGCUCCAUGGGGCUGACGGCUACGUACAGGGCCUUCCUGUCCUCUCACCUCCAGGACCUGGCAACCAUUGUGAGGAAGGCCGACCGCAACCACAUGCCGGUGGUCAACCUGAAGGGUGAGGUACUGUUCAGCAGCUGGGCGGCCAUCUUUGAUGGGAACGGGGGCUUGUUCAAUCCAUCCACAGCCAUCUACUCAUUCGAUGGGCGUAACGUUAUGACCGACCCUGCAUGGCCCGAGAAGCUAGUGUGGCACGGCUCCAGCACCGCGGGCAUCCGUCUCACCACCACCUACUGUGAAGCAUGGAGAACGGCCGACGUGGCGGUGACGGGUCAGGCUGCCCUGCUGCAGACGGGUCGGCUGCUGGGACAACACACGCGCUCCUGCUCCAACCACUACAUAGCGCUGUGCAUAGAGAACACGUUUGUGGGCGGCGCAAACGUCGGCAGGUCCUGAAGAGAGUCACACGAUAUUAGGAACUAACAGGCGCCGGCGACUGAGAGCAGGAGUCAUGAUGCGUGAACGGGACGGGCACACAGACACACAGACACACACACACACACACACACACACGCUUAGACACAUUAACCAGCAGGAGCAGGUGAUAGUCGCCAUCUAUUUGUAGAACACAUUUAUUUAUAUAGUCAAUAGAAAUCACAGCCAAAUUGAUUUUAGCAAUGUAAUGUGAAUCAGUGCAUAUUGGUUUUUCAUCCUCUUAAUUUAAACUUGUUUGGAUUGUGAAGGUCAGGUCUGCAUUUUUCAGGAUAUUAGAAUUUCUACAAAUAGAAAUUAAAAUGAUACUUAUACUAACGAGCCACAGUGGCAGCAACAGCAACUUUAACAUAUGUAAACUGAAUGUGACACAGUUGUACGUGCUUGAGCGAUUGUGUGCCACAGACCAAGACCCAUCUGAUUUUUAGUUUUCAGGUUUUUCAAAAUAAGGUGUGAUGAUGAGAAAGGAAUUCACAGAAGAGAUUGGGCUCAGCAUUAGUUCAUCUCUCAGUGAUUUGCUUUUUAUGUAGGUGCAGUCAGUAUUCAGUAACACAGGUUACUGCAGAAUAAAUAUAUGUCAACAUGAGCCACAAUGUGUGUUUUCCAUGUGAAAAAUAAAGAUGUCUACAUUUUGGAUCCUGAGCAGUAAUAUUUGGUCAGUUCAGGUUUUUCAUUGGAAAAUGCUUUUCCUCCUUUUUUCUGGACAAAUUUCAGACAAAGACUUAGAUUUUUAACAGCAGUUUAGCAAUAAGAUGCUUUCUGUAGUUACUCAAUUUGAACAGUAGCGCAAUUCUUGAAAAGUAAAGUAAAUAACUACAUACAUCACAGGAACCAGCUUUGAGACUCUAAAGAAUUUUAAACAACAGCUCAUAAUUAGUGUUCUUUGUUUCCAGAUUAUUGCUGGACGCCUGCUGCUUGUUAUGAAAUGCUCUGAACUGGUCUCAACAUUAACACCUGUACUUUUGAUUAGUUAGAGGUUAAAUCAACGUGUGUGUUCAUUUAUACUGUAGCAGGACACAGUGUGAAAGUGUAAUUAGUUCACUUUGGCAAAGUUGGAACAUGUAAAUAUUAUUUGUGUUUGUGUGCGAGCUGUUAUGGUCCAAAUGCUUUUGCAUUUUACUCUGUAGACUUAGACUUUUUACUGAGCACAUUAAAUGAUUAACAUUCACACACUGACUGAUAGAUAAUUUAAUUUACAAGUAUUAGCUUUGCUGACGUCUGAUUAUGAUGUUACUGUUUAAACAAAACUUGAGCUUUGAAAGAAUUUUUGUACUGACUGAUGGUGCUGAUGGUGGUGAAUAAAUGACUUAUUAUUUUUUAAA